AUGAACCCUCACGCUGACGUGUCAGUCUCUGACUACUCGGACGACACCAGUGAUCUUUCAAGUACAGUUACUGAGUCCUCGGCCGAACGACAUGACGGUGGAGGAGGGAGUAGAGAGGGAGAGAGGGGGGAGGUGUUCAUGAUGCGGCACGAGUGGCGGUCGAGCUCUGGAGGGGAGGAGGAGGAGGAGGAGGAGGAGGAGGAGGAGGGAGGAGGUAUAGGAGAGGAGACGAGGUGGGAAAAAGGAGCAGCAAGUGACAGGGAGGUGGAGAAGAUCGAGGACAGGCUCCUGUCUUCCAUGAGCAAGUACUCGCACCAGCAGCAGCUCCCUGCUGGCUUCGGAGACCCAUCCUUUGUGGCUCCUCACGACAUGAGGGACAUCUCGCAACACCCUGACAGCCCUGUCUUCGUGUGCAAGGGCGCGGUGAAGGAGCGAAAGAUUGAGCCAGACAUCAUGAGUAAGAGCAUGGCGCUUGUGUACGAGGCUGCAGAGGAGCUUGGGGAGCGGUACCUGGAGGAAGCGACGUUUCUAGCUCGGCUCCCGCACAGGAGAAAGGAGGACGGGAGCAUACCUGAGUACCUGGAGCAGAACAAGGAGGAGACAUUCAUGACGUGGCUGUACGAGGGAGUGGCCCCCAACAAUUCCAAGACGUUCGACAACCUGAUUGAGUACGUGGGGGCCAGGUCAAAGCUUUCAGCUGGGAUAGUACCUGGGACCACGGAGGCGAGUGAGACCAUGUGGAGGAUGGAGCAGAGGAGAAUAGAGCUGGAAAAGAACAUGACACUGGAGGGGGGAGGAAGCGUGCAGAAGAGCCGUGCUCUGACAUGGGACGAGGCCAUGCAGGAGAGGGCCUUGGCAAGAAGGCCUGACGAGGACGAGGACGAGGACGAGGACGAGGAGGGAAGCGACCCGACCGCGGGGAGGAUCACGGAGCAGCCUCGGCUUGACGAGCGAGAGAAGGAGCUGAUCAUGAUUAACAAGGAGCUGAUCACGAAGUCGCUUAACAACGAGAGUUUUGAAAUGAGGGAGACAAUUCCCAUCGUUGUCCCUCGUUGGGUGAUAGAGAGUUACGGUGACGCGUACAAGCACCUCCUUCCUCAGAAGGAGUCUCUCAAGCAACAACUCGCGCACAGAGAUGCUGCAGGCAACACCAUCCGAGCCAUCAUGUCCGCCAAAACUCUCCGGUCCCUAGUCCCGACUGAGGAGGAGAAGAAGGAGAAGGCAUUAGCAGAACAGGCUGAAAAAGACAGAAAGCUGUCCAAGUAUGAGUACGUGGAGAAGUACAGAGAGGAGGUUGAAGAGAUCGGUGCAACGGCUCUCAGCCCUGUUGUUCGUAAGACUUGGUUGAUCGAACAGGCUGCUCGAAAGCACGGUCACGUUAUGAAGGGUAAAUAA